AUGACCGAAGCCACUAUUGACGAAAGCGCUUUGAUUGCAAUCACAACUGAUCAUAGCAAGACUUCUGUGUCUUCUGAAGUGUCACGAGAAUCUCAAGAAAAGGAUGACAUAUCGACUUCGCAUAGGUUUUCUGAACGCUCAGACUUCGGUUUGGCUGCUAGAUAUCCUGAAAAGAGAGUCUCAAGUGAGACAAAAGUUGGCCUAACCGACGACGAAGAAGAGAGCGAACAAAGCGAUCAGUUUGAUGCUGAUGUAGAACCCUCAACACCAAUCCAAGCUCCACGGCGCCAUACUUUUAUGGCUCCCGCAUCAGAAGAAAUGGUUAACAGGUACAAAGGCAUGGUCAAAAGUCGAUCUCUAUAUGGCAAUAUCUACGAAGAUGGUGUUCUCCGCAGCAGUGAUUUCUAUGGAGAUUCUAAACUGAUCCCUUUUGAGGAGGCAGAAAGGCCGGAUCCGAACUUGUCCAAGUAUCCACAUUCGGCCCCUACCUCAACCAAGAAGAAGGAAAGCCUUCGAAGGAAGUUUGACAACUCGGAUCUCCCGGCAAACAUUGCGAGGCCCGGUGAUUGGUUGGGAUCUCCGACUGCUUCCACCAGAAAGAGCUAUACUAUCAAGCCAAAGGGUGUGGCGCCUCCUCCAUCACCACCUGAAGAUAAUAAUGUUGAUGAACCAGGUGAUGAUGACCUUGCCACUCCCAAGUCUGAAAGGCCUGAAAUGAAGAAGAACGUUUUGGAUCCCCCAUUUUCAGCUUCUCCGGCAAUUGGUGGUGGUCGAAGGGCUGUCAUGAGCAAUGGUGCUUAUCAAAAAUCCAGCGCUUCCUCAGCCCGUCUCAGUAUGCCAACAGACAGCUCAGAUCCUAGUGUUCAAAAGUACAAGGACAUGCUGAGAGCAAAGGCUUUCUCGAUAAGUGACUUCCAUGGAACCAGCGAGGAAUCUGGGGUGAGACCUCCGGAUAUCCUUCCCUUGUCGUCUCCAAUAGUCUCUUCCAAGAAAAAGUCGUUUGGGCACAAAUGGGGUGCUCCAGACCCCAAUGAUGAAAUGCAAGCAAGACCAACGGAUUUCUUGGGCUCUCCCAUAGUCAAGCGUAGAAGUUAUGUCAUCAAGGGCGAUAUCUCGUCAGCAAUGAUGACAUCUCCUGUAUCUGUAAUGGUGGCUGGUGGCACAUCUGCUGCUCCCAUCAAAAGGGCGUCCAUGCCAGUGAUUUCGUCGAGUUCUUCCAUGCAUAGUCACGAGGGCGACAAGUCAACGCCGUUUGGGUCACCAGCGAAUGGUCCAAGGAAGGGAGGCAAGAGAGUGUCUGCUCUGUUGCAGAGAUUCGAGUCCUCCAAGCAGCUGGAUGUAUAG